AUGCCUCCCAAGAAAGCAACCGAGGACGUCAAGGACAAUGUUGUCGCCUUCGGUCGGGUUCGCAAGAACCUGAAGAUGGGAUGCGUUGGACUGCCAAACGUUGGGAAGUCGAGUCUAUUCAAUCUUCUGACGAAGCAGAGUGCUGCUGCGGAGAACUAUCCUUUCUGCACCAUUGAGCCCAAUGAGGCGAGAUGUCCUGUUCCCGAUGCACGAUAUGACUUUUUGUGCGAUGUUUGGAAGCCCCCCUCCCAGUACCCAGCCUACCUGCAAGUCACAGACAUCGCAGGUCUGAUCAAGGGUGCUUCGCAGGGAGAAGGUCUCGGCAAUGCCUUCCUGUCGCAUAUUCAGGCUGUGGACGGCAUGUUCCACAUCGUUAGAGCUUUUGAUAAUGAUGAAGUGCUCCAUGUCGACGACUCGAUCGACCCGGUUCGGGAUUUGAACACAAUCCAAAGCGAGCUGUGCAAGAAGGAUCUUGACAUUCUUCAGCGGACCAUUGUCGCCGAGGAGCAGAUUGUGCGGAAAGCAGGGGGCAAGUACAAGAUGCUGCCCCUGUUCACCGAGACAACCACAAAAAUCCAGGCGAUGCUUGAGAAAGACCAGCCCGUCCGAGACGGAAGCUGGACGCCUGCUGAGAUCACCCUCAUCAACGAGAAGAUCCAACUCAUCACUACGAAGCCUGUGAUUUACCUUGUCAACUUGACAAUGAAAGAUUACCUUCGACAGAAGAGCAAGUACCUCCCUCAGAUCGCCAAGUGGGUGACAGAGCAUGGAGGUACUCCACGUGAUAUCAUCCCUUUCUCAAUUGAGUUCGAGGAGAAGUUGGACAAACUGAGCGAUGAUCCUGCAAAGCAAGCAGAAUUCCUCCAGGAGUGCAAGGUCAAGAGCAAGCUGGACAAGAUCGUCACGGAAGGAUUCGACAAGCUCGGGUUGCAGUACUACUUUACAGCUGGCGAGAAGGAGAUCAGAUGUUGGACCAUCCAACGGGGAUGUCUCGCACCGCAAGCCGCUGGUGCCAUCCAUAGCGAUUUCGAGAAAGGAUUCAUCAAGGCCGAGGUGGUCUCGUACCAGGACUUCCACGACCUUUGUGGAGGCGCCAAAUCGAUGGCCCCAAUCAAAGCCGCUGGAAAGUACCGACAGGAAGGAAAGACAUACGCCUCCCGCCUCGUGAGGAUCGGGCUUCUUGCAUUCACGACGGCGCUCCUCCUCUACUACCACUCGUCAUUACUCUCGUUCUCGUCGCGCGACGGUGGCCAGACACAGGAGACCGAGAAGGUCAUCCAGAUCCAGAUCCCCGCAGCACAGCCCGGGGACGCGAAAUGGCCAUCCUCACCGGCUGAGGCGGUAGGCUCGGAGCUCACGCAGAGCCCGCCCGGCCCGGCCGAUGGCGCACCACAGGGCCCUCCGGGGUCUUCGUCGUCGUCCUCCUCCUCCGGCUUCAACGAGGUCAAGUUCGAGUUCCAGGAGGACCUGACCCGCUUCGUCCAGCCCGUCUUCGACGUCGCCAAGCUCAAGCAGUACCGGGCGCACAACGACCGCGGGCCGGGCCAGCUCGCCUUCGCGACGUACCUGUCGACGCGCGACAACAGCGUGGCGGACCCCUACUUCCUGUCGGCGAUGCAGCUCGUGUACCGCCUGCUGUGGGACCCCAAGUCCCGCUCCGAGUCGCACCCCGUGGUGGUCUUCGUCGCGCCCUUCAUCCCGCAGCAGCAGCGCGACCUCCUCCUCGCCGCGGGGGCCAUCGUGCGCGAGCUCGAGCUCGUCCCCUGGGACCCGCCCAAGGACGAGAGCGGCGGCCAGAUGUUCCCCUUCGCGCGGUGGCGCGACCUCUUCUCCAAGCUCAACAUCUGGGGGGAGCUGGACUUCUCGCGCGUCGCCUUCCUGGACCUGGACGCCUUCCCCGUGCGCCCGCUGGACGGCAUCUUCGACGACUCCGUCUCCCCCCGGCAGCGGUGCCGCGCGGAGCUCCUCCCGCCCGAGGACAGGCUGCACGAGGCCGAGGUCUGCGACUACGUGUUCGCGGGCCACGGGCUCGCCGACGGCGUCAACGUCGGGGUGCUCGUGCUGCAGCCCAACGCGCGCAUGCACGAGCGGCUGCUGCGCGAGAGCAGGGACACGACCAAGUUCGACAACAAGAUGGCCGAGCAGGCCUUCCUCAACUACGCCUUCGGGGCCGCCGGGCCCUUCCCCCCUCACGAGCUCGGCAGGGAGUGGAACGGCUUCUACCCCAAGGCGGACGAGGAGGGCCUCCUGCGUGUCGUCCAUGAGAAGCUGUGGAUAUUUGGCGACAAUACGGCCUGGACGAAGGACAUAUUCAGCAACGGCUGGUUUGAGUUACUGACUCUCUAUCAGAGCCCCGAGUUUGAGGCGAUGAGGGCCCUAGAUGGCCCUUUGCAGCCGUCGUCCGGCUUUAACUGGUCAUGA